GUUGUUUCAAGGAAAGACGAACGGGGGGACAGGAGGCAGAAAGAAGCGUAAUCGGCGCCCCAAAAGAGACGCACUUAGCAUGACAGGAAAGCUGGGGAAGAGGGGAGGAAGCAUAUGCGGAAGAAGUCCACGGUUUCUGUGUCCUGCUUCGAGGAAAGUCGAGAGACAGGAAAGGAGACCUCUCUGUUGAGAAAGCAGGCUUGGAGUUGAAGGUCCCGCAUCCUCUGAACGAAGGAGCAGUUGUUUUCGGCAUUUCUUCGGACUCCAGAGCAACCACCGCAGCUGUCUGCGUUCUUCCACUUCAUGCUUCUCAAACACCCGCGUUUAGGGCCUUGCGCAAUCGACGGCUCGACGCCGGUGUAGAGGCACCCAACAACCGAGAUGAAAAAGAGAGAAAACAGUUCUCGUCUUCCAGACGGAAAUUGAAUUCUUUGAGGCGAGUGGCAACAGACAGGAAACGCGGUUCCGCCCUCGGACACUCCUUCGUCUCGGUACCCUUCGGUGCCGGCGAGAGAAGCGCGAUUUUUGAGGUGAAGUACGCCUGGACCUCCAAGUGGGAAGUUCGUUCCUGUGCGUUCCUAUCGUCGGCCUCGUCACGUCUCUCCAGCCUCCGGAUUCUCCGUUUCUCGGCUUUGAGAGAGUCGCUACGCCUCUGCAACUUCGUCCUCUUUCGUCUGUUCCUUUGACUUCUCUUCGCGUGAAGAAUGCAGGCGUCCUCCUCCUCUCCUUCCCUUCUUGACGAGCGAGAGUCUUCCUUGCCGCCGAGGCUGAGCAUAUUCGUUUGUACAAAGUCCAUGUCUGUGCUGCAUCUCCUUUCUCGUUCCAGGACGCCUCGUCCGCUUCGACUCCGCUCUCCCUUCUCGUUUGUCUGUCUCUGCUUCUUCGUUGCUCUCUUCCACUUUCUCGGCGCGUUUUCGACCUGCCGUCAGCUGCCCGUGUCUUCUCGCGGAGACGCGGCGCACAUGGACAUGUCCUGGUGGCGAGGCCCAGGUGUACAUACAGCUCACGCCUACGGCUUCUCGGAAGACAGAGGCGAGACCGGCCUGCACUCGCUCGCGCCGUCUCUCUCCGGAAACUCGAGUCGGACGGAACGACAUCCACACCACGUUCUCCCUCGAGUUUCUCAGAGCCAAGAGGAAAGGCGAGAGACAGAAGAGCGCGACAGCGAGGACGCUGCUCGAGCCAAAAACGAGUGGACGGCUGCGGAGAAGGAGCAGCUGUUGCAGUCUUCUCUCGGAUUUUUUUCUGGCGGCGUUCGCUCCUUCUUCUUUCCGAAGGGAACUGCAAAUAUGACCCUGGAGAGCGCCGGAAGCGAGAGGACCGACGACGCUCCGCCCGCUCUCUACACGCUGACACCCGAUGACGAAAGGGCCUUGAUUCGAUCACAGAGGACGGCUUACAAAGCCAAUCCCAGAGAGCCGCUGGUUAACGACAGUCUUCGCCGCGCAGCUUUGGGACCCGCACGCUACGCGCGUCUCGUAGAGAAGACGGUCGAGCUUGCGACUGCAGGUCGGCAUGGCGGAGACACAGAGCAGAAGACCGUGGGAGAGGAACCCUUCCUCACUCCUGUCUGGAUGAUGAGACAAGCUGGAAGAUACUUGCCGGAAUUCCGCAACAUGCGACGUCAGCACGGAUUUCUCGAGGUGUGUCGAGAUCCUCGACUCGCGUCGGAGCUCACCUUGCAACCUUACCGUCGGUUCCCUCAGCUGGACGCCGUCAUAAUUUUCUCGGACAUUCUCGUCAUUCCUGAGGCCAUGGGGAUGAAGUUGUCAAUGGAAGAAGGUGUAGGCCCACGGUUUGCGUGGCGCAUUGAGAGUCCAGCGGACAUGCAGAAACUCAACUUCAAACCAGACAUCGAAGAGACUCUCGGCUACGUGUUCGACGCAGUGUAUGUCACAUCUCAGCAGCUGGCGGGCGCCAUUCCUCUGAUUGGUUUCUGUGGAGGGCCUUUGACACUUUUGACUUACAUGGUUGAGGGUGGAGGCAGCAAAACAUGGAGACAAGCGAAGAAGUUUGUCUACGAGCACCCCGAGGCAACUCACACUCUUCUUCAAGUUAUCACCGACAUCUGUGUCGAGUACCUCGUUGGCCAGGUCGACGCCGGAGCUCAAGUCCUCCAGGUUUUCGACACAAAUGCUAGCCAGUUUGCUGCAGAGACCUACGACGAAAUUGGAGCGCCGUACAUGGCGUCCAUUGCAGAGAGAGUGAAGGCGCGACGGCCUCACGUGACGAUGAUUGCGUUCCCGAAGGACCGGCCAUCGGCUGGCUUUGCGGACUCCGCAUUCGAUGUGAUUUCUUUGGGCUCUUCUGCGGAAAUCGAAAGCAUGCAACGCCGGUUCUCCGGCCAGUGCGAGGAGAAGAUUGACCAAGUGACAGCGGGCGAGGCGGAACUCACACGGUCCGAUGCGUCGGCGACAGAGUCUGACAGAGAUAGAAAGAGCGACGUCCGCGGCGACAGAAAGGCGCUGCAAGGCAACCUAGAUCCGCAGGUCUUAUAUACAGACACUGCCACAAUUAAAAGGGAGACCGCGAAGAUGAUACGCCGAUUUGGUGUCGGUCGCCACAUCGCGAAUCUCGGCCACGGCAUGGAACCUGAGAUGAAACCUGAACAUGCUAAGGCGUUCAUUGACGGCGUGAAGGAGGCUUCGGCGGCUUACAUUCGAGAACUCCGCGGGGAGGGCCAAGAUACCUCAACAGUUUGAAGAGAAGCAGAAAAGGAACGAGUGACUUACUGGGGGAGCACGCGUUUACACAAGACGCUCUGUGAAGACAGACCCUAUCAGGGGCUUCAGGUGCAAGUCGCUCUGUCCCUGGCACCUUGUAGAGACAGGGAUCACCCUAAAAAGCGGUCUCGAUUCGUGAGUUGCGCUUGCAUACUUGUCUCUGGUUACCAGCCUAUUCACGAUAUUCUCACUUUCCUCCGUGUCGCUGCUUUCGAUUCUUUCUGCUGUGGUUGCUGCACACACA